AGUGUGCGCGAGCGCAGUCUCGAGUCGUUUCUCGUCUUUCGUAUUUACGAAUAUCAAUGUAAUAUAACAUUAUCGUGAAAUUUCAGCAUUAUCUCUAAAACCUGGAUAACCCUAUGUGUUUUUAAGGAAUCAUGACAGCUCAAGAACCGUGUAUGGUAUGCUCAGUACCUACAGAGCAUAAAUGCUCCAGCUGCCAAGUGGUUCAUUAUUGUUCAAGGGACCACCAGAAGCAGCACUGGAAACAGCACAAGCAUGAGUGUAUUCCUGCCAGAAUCAAGCAAGAUUCAAAAUACGGAAGGUACCUGGAAUCCACAAGGAGUAUUAAAGCCGGUGAUGUUAUCAUGAAAGAAACGCCUCUUAUAACUGGCCCAUCUCAGGUAACUCCGCCAGUUUGCUUGGGAUGUUAUCAAUUGUUGGAAGAAGGUGCAAUUGUAACUUGCCAAAAAUGUGGCUGGCCGUUUUGUUCGGAAGCUUGUACAAGUAAUGCAGUGCAUACACCUGAAUGUCACUAUACUCAGCAAAGGGGGGAAAAGGUGACAAUAUCAACAUAUGGAAUCCCCCACCCAAAUUACCAGUGCAUCACUGUCUUGCGGUGUUUGUAUCAACGGGAUCAUAACCCGAAGUUAUGGGCUAAGCUGCAGGCGCUUGAGUCUCACAACGAAGACCGCAAGGGUACGGAAAAAUGGAAUAACGACAGAAAGAUGGUAGCGGAGUUCAUUUGGAAGUUCUUUAAAUUAGAUGGAAUCUUUGACGAAGAUGAAAUCAUGCAGUGCUGCGGCAUAGUACAGAUCAAUGGUCACGAGGUACCGCUCCUGGAGCCAGAGUACGUGGCGGUGUUUGAUAAAAUAUCGAUGGUAGAACACAAUUGUCGUGCCAACUGCAAUAAGAGUUUUACAUCUGAUGGAAACAUUAUUCUUUCUGCAGGCGUCGCUAUAACACCAGGCUCGCACAUAUCCGUGUGCUACACAGACCCGUUGUGGGGCACCGAGGCUCGUCGCCAUCAUCUCUCUGAUUCUAAGUUCUUCGAGUGUUCUUGUGAGAGGUGCUGUGACGUCACGGAGUUUGGAACCAUGUUUAGCGCUGUUAAGUGUAAAAAGAAAGAUUGUAAGGGUUACUUGUUACCGGACACAUUUGUACUUCCAAUUCUUCAUAAAACGAAAUCACCCGAUCCAAAUACCCGAGGAUUGGAUAAUAAGUUUUGGAAAUGUAACGCGUGCACGGAUGAAGUGUCUGACGCAAUUAUACAGCAGCUGUUGCAGGACAUCGGUAGAGAAUUGAGCGCUAUGCCGAAAGGUGAUCCAAAUGCUUGUGAAAGAUUCAUCGCACAUUGCUGUAAAUAUUUGCACCCAACACAUUACUACAUGACGGAUAUAAGUCUUGCGCUGGCUCAGAUGAUCGGUCAGCAGGACCGACUGGGCCUGGCGGGUGUCACUGACGACCGGCUGCUGCUAAAGACACAGUUGUCUCGGAAGAUUACUGAUUUGCUGGAAAUCUUGGCACCAGCUGAAACACGUUUGCGUGGGUCAUUGCUAUUUGAACUACACGCUGCUGUCGCUGAGACUGGGCGCAGAAAAUCUCUAACCGAUGGACCGAUGGUCAUGUUAGGAUACGUAACGGAAUCACGUAAGAUACUAAUGGAGUCAGCAGAACUUUUGGCCCACGAGCCACCGGAGUUACCAGAAGGUCGUCUCGGUCACCAGGCGAAGAUAAAUCUGUUGCAGAUGGAUGAACUCAUCCGGAAUCUCUCAGCCGCACUCCCUUCGCCGUUGUAGUGUAAUAAAUGCGUUUGU